AUGCCGACAACCAACUUCAAGCGCCCUGAUACAUAUGAGUACAAGAACGGACUCCAGUCGUACCAUGAGACCGAAGCCAUCGCAGGUGCACUCCCAAUAAGCCAGAAUUCUCCCCAAAAGCCUGCCUACGGCCUCUACGCCGAGAAGAUCUCCGGCACUGCGUUCACAGUGCCCAGAGUCGACAACCAGCAGACAUGGGUCUAUCGAAUUCUUCCCUCAGCCUCUCACGAGGAUUACGAAGACUUUGUUGUUGCCGACAGUUCAGGCCCGGUAACAGCUCAUAACUCAGAACUUCACUAUUUGCCAAAUCAAUUCCGCUUCGACCCAUUCGACAUUGAGGAUACAGACUGGAUUGGUGGUACGCGACGCGUUGCCGGCUGUGGCGAGCCUCGAACUAAGACUGGCUUCAGCAUCAACGCGUUCAGCGCUACAAGAGACAUGCCCCCGAAGCAGGCUUAUCACUCGGCUGAUGGGGACAUGCUAGUUGUCCUUCAGAGUGGCGUGCUAGAUGUUCAGACUGAGCUGGGCAAGCUACUCGUUCGGCCUAAUGAAAUCCUCGUCAUCCCACGAGGUAUUCGGCACCGGGUCACAUUGCCAGACGGUCCCGUUCGGGGUUACACGCUUGAAUUAUAUCAGGGGCACUUUAAGCUUCCCGAACUUGGUUUCAUGGGCUCCAACGCUCUGGCCAAUGCCCGCGACUUCCAGGUUCCCUUGGCCUUUUACGAGGAAGAUACCACCUCUGAAUGGACCAUCGUCUCCAAGUUCAACGAGAAGCUUUACCAACUUCGUCAAGACCACAGCGCGUUUGACAUAGUGGCAUGGCAUGGGUUGUACUAUCCCUACAAGUACGAUCUUGGGCGCUUUAAUGUCAUGGGGAGCAUCAGUUACGACCACCCGGACCCUAGCAUCUAUACCGUCUUGACAGCCCCCUCUGACUCUCCCGGGACGUCUGUCUGUGACCUGGCCAUCUUUGCGCCCCGUUGGCUUGUGCAAGAGGAUACGUUCCGACCGCCGUUCUACCACCGCAACACAAUGGCCGAAUUUGCGAGUCUUAUUCAGGGAGAAUAUGACGCAUCGAAAGACGGCCGAGUCAAACCGGGUUCCGCUACGAUCCACAACGUCAUGUCUGGACACGGACCCGACAGCGAGACCUUUGAACAGGCCUUUAAUGCCGAGCUGAAGCCCGUCAAGGUGGGCACGUCAAGCAUGGCGUUCAUGUUCGAGACGUCCAUGAUGAUGGGUGUGACUGAGUGGGCCUUGAAGCACAGCAAAAAGCGACAGAUGGAUUACCAAAAGACCAAGUGGCAGCCGCUAAAGGUGCGGUUCAAGGCGCCUGCUUCGACGUAG